CUCUCCCUUGCAGGGUCCCCGCUGCCACAGCGCAAUGGCCUCGCGUAUCCUGCACCGCCUGCGGCACGCGCUGACCAAGGAAGGGGAGCCAGACGGCCUGCCCGACUGCGGCUCGGGAGUGGAAGAGUUUCCGGAAAGCUCCGAGCUGGAGGACGACACAGAGGGCCUCUCCACGCGCCUCAGCGGGACUCUGAGCUUCUCCAGCAAUUAUGAGGAUGAGGAGGCAGAGGAAGAAGCCCCUGAGGGGACCGGGCAGGACCUGGGAGAAGCCCCGCCUCCAGAGCUGCUGGGGGGUGCCUCAGAGGACGGAGAACCCGGCCCCCCGUCGGCCGAGCGCCAGGGCAGCAACAUGCUCACCCGGCAGCUGCAGGAGCUCUGGCGGAAGUCGCGGGGCAGCCUCGUGCCCCAGCGCCUCCUCUUUGAGGUGACCAACGCCAACGUGGUCAACGAGCGCAGCUCCAAGUACGUGCUCUACACCAUCUACUUGAUCCGGGCGGGGCAGUUUGACAAGGCCCCCGCCUCCAUCGCCCGGCGCUAUUCAGACUUUGAGCAGCUGAACCGGCUCCUGCGGCGGCGCUUCGGCAGCGCCAUGGCAGGCGUCUCCUUCCCGCGGAAGCGGCUGCGGCGCAACUUCACCCCCGAGACGAUCGCCAAGCGCAGCCGGGCCUUUGAGCAGUUCCUCUCCCACCUGCAUUCCCGGCCGGAAAUCCGUCAUUCUGCCGAGUUCCUAGAGUUCUUCUUCCUGAGCGACCUGCGGGCAGCGCAGCGCCUGACUUGCAGUGGCAUGUACCGCGAGGCCCUGGGGGCGUGGGCCAAUGCCCACCGGCUGCAGGACAAGCUGGGCGCCUGCCGCUCGGGCCACUUCCUGCUGAGCCUGGCGGGGCUGGCCGUCUGCCACCAGGAGCUGGACCGCCUGGCCGAGGCCCACGCCCACAGCGAGCAGGCCUUGCGGCUGCUGGAGGCCCAGGACAGCCACCCGUUCCUGGCCCCCUUCCUGCAGGCCCACGUCCACCUCACCUGGAUGCUGGGCAAGGACAAGCGGCAGGCGGAAGCCUGGCUGCAGAGGCUGCAGGACACUGGGCUGGCUGGGCCACAGCCCCCCACCCUGAAGGAGCUCCUCGUCAAGCAGCCCCUGCCCUGAGCCUGUGGGAGGGAGGGAGGGCAGCCUGGCUAGAGUCGCACUUCUCCCCUGGCCUAACCAAUCCGGCAGCCGGGAGAGGAAGGAAGGGCUGCUUGGGACGGAUUUGACCUGGGACUUGGCCAGGGGGGCGUUAAUAGUACUUGAAUGCUUGAGGGGACAAGGGACGGCCCCCUUCUGCCUCACGGGAUGACACUAACCCCCGCCCAGCACAGGGUAGGUAGGGAGGGAACUCGGCGGCUAUGGGAGGGGAAGCUGCUGCUGCUUUGGGAGAGAAGAACGACUGAGGUGCUACCAUCAGGGCAGAGGCAAAGGGAAGCUGAGGGGGAUGCUGCACUGGAACUUUCUGUCCCUCGGCCACGGGAGCCCCCAGCGGUAGAAUAGCCUCUCCAGCAACUGGAGGAAGUUGUCUCCCUGUUGACACAGCAGUCUCCCCUCCCCAGUAACGGUGCAGUAAGAAAGGGAUGGAGGCCUGGCCUCUCCCCGGCACAGGAGACCACAGCCUCGUGGGAAGCCUCAGUCACUUUAUUAGCCAUAGGAACACUGCAAUUUACAAGCCCAAUAAAAUAAGUGCUACCGAA